GUGGUGGCGGAAGCAGGAAGCUGGCGGAGUGACGUCAGGCCCGGACUGCGAGCUGCCAGCUGUGGACCCAUGGAGAGAGCGGCCCCGCUAGCAGGAAGGCGAGUGACGGGCGGGAUAGGAGCGGGGGGCAGAUCUAACAGAAGAUUUCCGACAAAGAGCUAAUGCAUGCAGAGAUCCUUGUGUCCCAGAUUGUAGCGCAGACACCGAUGUGGGCAGACUAAGAGCGUUUCAAAGAUGGGUCAAGACAAAGGAAAAUUUGACUUUUAUAUUGGUCUCAUCCUGGCGAUUAGCUCAAGUAUAUUUAUCGGUGGCAGCUUCAUACUGAAGAAGAAAGGGCUGCUGCGGCUGGCAAGAAAUGGCUCUAUGAGAGCAGGUCAAGGUGGUCAUGCGUAUCUGAAAGAAUGGCUGUGGUGGGCAGGGCUCCUCUCAAUGGGAGCUGGUGAAGUUGCAAAUUUUGCUGCAUAUGCCUUUGCACCGGCAACUCUUGUGACCCCAUUAGGAGCCUUAAGUGUAUUAGUCAGCGCCAUCCUGUCUUCAUAUUUCCUAAGUGAGAAACUAAACCUUCAUGGAAAAAUUGGAUGUUUGCUGAGUAUAUUGGGAUCAACAGUUAUGGUCAUCCAUGCCCCUCAAGAAGAGGAGAUUGAAAAUUUAAAUGAAAUGUCCAUCAAGUUAGCUGAUCCAGGUUUUCUGCUUUUUGCUACAGGGGUGAUUAUUGUGUCCCUUAUCCUAAUCUUUGUUGUCGGACCAAGUCAUGGCCAGUCCAAUAUAUUGGUCUAUAUCUCCAUAUGCUCUGUGAUUGGAGCGCUGUCGGUCUCAUGCGUUAAAGGACUGGGAAUUGCUAUUAAGGGACUAUUUGCUGGAGAAGCCGUCCUGAAGAAUCCCUUGUUCUGGAUCCUACUGAUCAGCCUUAUUGUGUGUGUGAGCACUCAGAUUAACUACUUAAACAGAGCUCUGGACAUAUUUAACACCUCACUAGUGACGCCUAUUUACUAUGUGUUCUUCACCACCUCAGUGCUUACCUGCUCUGCAAUUCUAUUCAAGGAGUGGCAGCACAUGUCUGCCAGUGACAUGAUUGGCACCUUCAGUGGUUUUAUGACUAUCAUCAUUGGCAUAUUUUUACUGCAUGCCUUCAAAGAUGUCUCUCUUACCCUAUCCAACCUGCCAGUUUCUCUCCGAAAGGAUGAGCGGCUCCUGAACGGGAACCUUUCUAACAUCAUUUAUGAACAUUUGAACGGUGACGAGGAGAGCCACCAUUGUGACAUUGACCAGCAGAUAAAUGAGAACACUGCUUCCCGGCGCAAUGGAAGUCUUGCAACAUUUUAAGGACCAAAAAUAUCUUCUUCACUGCCAGCAAAACCACACGAUCUUAAACUGUUCUGAUGGGGUAGUGGGUGAAUAUUUCUUAUUUUAAUUGCUUUUGACAAUUUGCUCAAUUACUUUAAAUAAUGUAUUUCCCUCUGGGUAUAUGUGGCACCAUUCUGCUGUUCCUCAUGUUCCGGACCAGCAGGUAGCGGGCAGUGUGCCUAACAAAUGUACAGAAAUCAUCCUUUAAAAUUCCUAAGCCAAAAUAUGUUCAUAUUCUGCAGCUAUGCCACUCAAAGUAUUUAUAUUUAAAGGGGAACUUAAUAUUUCCGCAGGUGAAUUGAACCUCAGGUCUCCAUUUUCUGGUUCUGAACAGGGCAGCACUGCCACAUCACUGGUUUAUUUCUUAUGCAGGUCUGCAUGUGUUUGUACAGGAUUUGCCGAGCGGCUACCCAGAGGACACACCCCAAAGUCUUCAGUGAAAUGAAGAUUUCUAAGUGGACAUUGGUCAUCCUAUCAGAAAUGGCUUUCUUGUUGUGCAGUAGACUUUACCAACUUGAAUGGUCAUUCGGUGGCAGAGCAUGCUGUGACUUGUAGUUAUCCAGCCUCUGCAGGAGAUCCACAUCUGUACAAAGAGGCACAGCAUGUUGAUGUUCACAGUGGAAAUUUGCUUUGAGAUGAGCCUUCUGUGAUUACUGGGUUGUCCCAUCUGGACAAGUAUGGCAUGUCUACAGGAUAAGCCAUAAAUAGGUGAGGGUCCCACCUCUGGGACCCGUUCCUAUCUUAAGAACAGGGCCCCGUCCAUGUCAGGAAUGGAGAGAAAGCCAAGCAUGCACGCUUUUUCAUUCACAGUUUUGGGACUUCUGAAAAUAGCUGAGCGUACCUAUUGGACAUUUGACAUAUCCUGUAGAUAUGCAUGCCAUAAAUAUCCAGAUGGGACAACCCCUUUAAAAGGUUUGUCUCACAAUCAACACUUGCAACAUUUUUAUGUUUCUUUUACACAUUUUUGUUUUAUGUGUAGUUUUUUUCAGAAAAAAAAAAACAUUCAAUCUCCAGACAUUAACUGAAAGUCUGUAGCACACAUGUUUUUGCUUGUUCCAUUUUUUUUUUUUUUAAGCAACACAUUGAAGCAAUGGGCUUUUUCAUCCCCUUCUUUAUAGGGGAAAAAACACCAUUCAGUUGUUGGCAAAAAAAAAAAUGCUGCUAAAAAAGUGCAUAAUUGCACUUCGACACACCUUGUUUUCUGUCAUGGCACAGCUCAUACGCUUCUUGUGAUUUCCUCACUAUAGACAGUUAAAUAUGAGUCCCCUGACUGAGAGGGUAAUGUUUUCAGGACAUGACAGAUAUGAGGCCAAACCAGCUCUUUCUGCAGUGAUCUCUUGUAAACCUUUCUUUAUUCCGAGAGCUGGUAUCAGUUUAGAGGUGAAUAACUGUGUCUUCAAUGCUUUUUCUGAUUCCGCCCCUCACAAGCUGUGCAGACAAUCAUUUUAACAUUGAUUUUGGUCAGACCAAUUUGUGUGCAGUUUUAUUUUGCCGUAUGCAUUCAUGUAUGCUUCUUAUUAAAUUGAGAAUGGAGAUGUGUACAUAAUUUAUAAUAGGAUUACAAAAAAAAAAAAAAAUCUCACCGGGUUGCCUCACGUGGACAUUUAUGGCUUAUCGACAAGAACAGGGCUUUGUUGUGUGCAGGUCACCCCUGCUAUGCUAUGGGGCUACUGAAAAUAGCCAGGCCAGAAAUAGUGUAUGGACAAAGCCAUGCAUGUACGGCUUACUCUCCCGAGGGGGACUUGCGUCUAUUGACAUUAUUUUGUUAUUUUCAGUAGUCCUAUAGCAGAGAAUUGAGAGAACACCCCUCCAUUUAUCGCUAUAGCACUUAUGAAAAAAAAAAAUAGACCCGUUCCUAUCAGACAUUUAUGGCAUUUUUUAUAUGUCCACAUGGGAGUAAACCCCUUCAAGUUUUGUUUUAAAAUAUGUUGCACUGAAAUUUUAAACUGUAUAUAAAAAUGUGGGUACAUUUUGGCUCUGGCUGCAUAAUGCUGUAGAUAUUUCAUCCUGUCUACUUUAGAUUUGCUGCAUUUGUAUGAAAGGGGAGUGAGUAAGUACAAUUAAAUUGUAAAAAUAUAACUUAUUUUGAAAUAAAAUAUUUCAGAAUUUA